GGUUUCCUGUUUCACAGGCUUUGAACAUUUUUCGUUCAUUUGCCUGAUUCAGACUCCUUGCGAUACACGCGCUUCUUGGCAUGGAGGGAAACAAGACAGAAACCUCUGGUGCUGAAAGGAGCGAAGAAAUAAUUUAUACCUCUGUCAAGUUUUCCCAGCCCCCACCAAUCCAUGCCAAUGAUGGACUGAAACGUAAAGGCCCAUGCUCCCAGUCCUCUCUCGUUUGCCGCUUGACUGUAGGUGUCCUGAGUGCCGUCUUGCUGGUGCAAGGGGUAAUGCUAGUGGUCCUGCAGAUGAGUGACUCCUGUCCGCGGUGCCCUGAGCCGUGGAUGGGCUACGGGGACAGCUGCUACCUCUUCUCCAAGGAGAGAAAGGACUGGAAUUCCAGCCAGGAGUCCUGUGCUGCAGAGAGCGCUCGUCUCCUGGUGAUCAGCAACACCCAGGAAAUGGUAAUGCAGACAAACUUUCCAUGCCCUAAACUCUACUGCCCAGGGGAUGGUUUUGGUACCAAGCCAACUCCCUGUCCUGACCCAGAGGAGUGA